AUGAAAUUUGGAAGUUGGAGUAAAUUAGUUGUUUUUACAAGUCUUACCUUUGGUGUUAUAGCUGAAUCAUCUAAUGAAGUUGGUAAUUCAAGAUUAGUUAAAAAAAAUCAAUUUGGUUUAUCAAAAUUCAAUUUCAAUAUUAAAAGAGACGAGCAUGAAGAAGAAGAGCAUGACCAUGACCAUGAUCAUGAAGAAGAAGAACAUAGUCAUGAACAUGAAGAAGAACAUGAUCAUGAUCAUGAGGGUGAAGAAGAGGGACAUACUCAUACUACAUUCAACGUAACUGGUUGUCAUUUACAUGAUGAUUCACUUCAUUGUACAGAUCCUGAUGGAAUUGAAGGUAUGAUAUCACCAUUACCUACUCACCCAAGAGAAAAUUAUACAGAUUGUCAUUCACAUGGUACUGAAAUAUAUUGUAUGGAUGGAGAAACAGAAUAUUUAUUUAUUAGAGAAUCAGAUAAUGAUAUAAACUUGGCAAAUGAAGAAAUAUCAUGUCAUAUGCAUGCAGGAGUUGAACAUUGUACUUAUGCUAACGGAACUGAAGUUUCGAGUUUAGAUGGUAAUUAUUGUGAAAAAAUAGAUAGAGAUUAUAAUAUUCCAUUAAGAAUUGGAUUAUUAUUUGUUAUUUUAGUUACUAGUGCAAUUGGAUCAUUUGGUCCAUUAAUUUUAAGAUCAUUAUUUAAAAUUUCAGCAAAUAAUGUUAUUAUAAUUAUAAUAAAACAAUUUGGUACAGGAGUUAUAUUAUCAACUGUUUUCAUUCAUUUAUUAACUCAUUCAUUUUUAUUAUUUUCAAGUUCAUGUUUAACUAAUUUAAAUUAUGAACCUACUUCUGCUUCAAUUGCAAUGGCUGGAUUAUUCAUAGCUUUUGUAAUAGAAUUUAUUGCUUUUAAAAUAAUAUCAUCAAGAAUUGAAAAAUUAAAUAAUAGAUCUACUGCUUCCACUCAAAAUGAUGAACAUGAACAUGGAAGUAUUGAAAAAACUAAUAUAGAUCAUAAUUCAUCAGAAGAAGAAAUUUUUGCAAAUAAUGAACCAUCAAGAUCAAGUUAUGAUAAAUUAUCAGUUAUAUUAUUAGAAGCUGGAAUUGUUUUCCAUUCAAUUUUAAUUGGUAUUACUUUAGUUGUUGCUGCAGAUACUUAUUUUAUUACUUUAUUUAUUGUUAUUGUAUUUCAUCAAUUUUUUGAAGGUUUAGCAUUAGGUUCAAGAAUUAUAAUUUUAAAUACUAGUGUAUGGACUAAAAUGUUAAUGGCUUUCAUUUUUGCUAUAACUACACCAAUUGGAAUGGCUAUUGGUGUAGGUACAUUAAAUAUAUUUAAUGGUAAUGAUCCACUGACUAUUAUUGCUUUAGGUGUUUUACAAAGUGCUUCUGCUGGUAUAUUAUUAUGGACUGGAUUAGUUGAAUUUUUAUAUAGAGAUUGGUUUUUUAAUUUAAAAAAUGCUUCUUGGUUUAGUACUGCUUGUGCUAUGCUUUCUUUGGUAUUAGGUUUAUUUUGUAUGAGUUUAUUGGGUAAUUGGGCUUAA